GUAAGCCAAGACAGUAUACAAAUCAUAUUGUGUCUCUUGUGAGCUAAGAGCACAAAACAAAUAUCUCAUCUCAUCACCACCUAACACCACCACCAAACCACCUCGCAAAUCCAAUGGAAAAUCACGAAAAUAUUUCUUAUCAGCAACUCCUAGAGCAAAACGUCUCAGCCGUAUCUUCGGUAUCAGAAAAACAUGAAGCCGAAGCUAGUAACGAGCUCGAAAAUAUAUUAUCGAACAUGAAUGUUUCGACAUGGGAUCGAUACCGUGCGGCAACAUGGAUCGAAAUGAAGUUAUUGGUGCAUCUUGCAGCUCCGGCGGUGGCGGUUUACAUGAUCAACUAUCUUAUGUCGAUGUCGACGCAGAUAUUUUGCGGCCACCUUGGAAAUCUUGAGCUUGCGGCAGCUUCUCUGGGGAAUACUGGCAUACAAGUAUUUGCUUACGGACUCAUGCUGGGGAUGGGAAGUGCAGUGGAAACACUAUGUGGACAAGCAUAUGGUGCAAGUAAAUAUGAACUGCUAGGCAUUUAUCUUCAGAGAUCCUCUGUUCUCCUUACUGCAACCGGUGUACUACUCACUUUUGCCUACAUUUACUCGAAACCUCUCCUCCUAUUGCUCGGAGAAUCAGCAGAAAUUUCAGCUGCAGCUGCAUUAUUCGUAUACGGUCUGAUCCCUCAGAUUUUCGCCUACGCCUUGAAUUUUCCUAUACAGAAAUUUUUGCAAGCACAGAGUAUCGUUGCACCGAGUGCAUACAUUUCAACUGUCACACUAGUGUUACAUCUUAUUAUCAGCUAUUUCGCGGUGUACAAAAUCGGGCUAGGAUUACUUGGUGCAUCCCUGACUUUGAGUUUAUCAUGGUGGAUCAUUGUGGUGGCACAGUUUGUGUAUAUACUGAAAAGUGAGAAGUGUAAAUAUACAUGGACCGGAUUCAGCUUGACAGGGGCGUUUUCCGGGCUACCGGCUUUUUUUCGGUUAUCAGCAGCCUCGGCAGUGAUGUUGUGCUUGGAGACAUGGUAUUUUCAGAUUCUGGUCCUCUUAGCUGGAUUGCUGGAGAACCCGGAAUUAGCAUUGGACUCUCUUUCAGUUUGCAUGACAAUAUCUGGAUGGGUAUUUAUGAUUUCGGUUGGGUUUAAUGCAGCGGCAAGUGUUCGCGUUGGUAAUGAGUUGGGAGCAGCGCACCCGAAAUCAGCUGCAUUUUCUGUAGUAAUUGUGAACACCGUAUCCUUCAUCAUCUCCGUCAUCGCGUCGAUUAUCGUCCUCUUACUACGCGAUGUUAUUAGCUACGCUUUUACAGACGGCGAAGCGGUUGCUGAAGCGGUCUCAGAUCUUUGCCCCUUGCUCGCCCUCACUCUCCUUCUAAAUGGAGUUCAACCAGUCUUAUCAGGUGUUGCGGUUGGAUGCGGAUGGCAGACUUUUGUGGCAUAUGUAAAUGUCGGGUGUUAUUAUGUUGUGGGGAUCCCUCUUGGUGCUGUAUUUGGAUUUUACUUCAAUUUUGGUGCUAAGGGAAUAUGGCUAGGGAUGAUUGGUGGUACUGUGAUGCAAACCUUCAUUUUGCUAUGGGUUACAUUUCGAACGGAUUGGAAAAAAGAGGUGAAGGAAGCUAAGAAGAGGCUGGAUAACUGGGAUACUAAGAAACAACCGCUUCUUUUAGAAUAAGCGGACGGAAUAACCGCGCAACAGUACUAUGAGCUCCAUGCUCAGCAAUGAAAUGGAACCUGAUCUGGAAAUGAUUUGUUUUAAUAUUCUUGUCAUUGGACCGUGAUUAAAAUUGAGAAAUUCAACAGAGCAAUCGACAAAUAAUUAGGUGUCGUUUGGAUAGAUUUAAAAGCUCGGCUUAUGAAUUUAUAAAUAAGAAGCAAUAAUUUAUUAGUA